AUCGUUUGCCCUGGAAGCUUUAGGGGGCGCUGACCCGGAAGCGCUCUGUGUGGCCACCCGGCCGGUAGUCCUCGGAAUGGUGUUCCUCACGACUCGGCUCUGGCUGCGGAACCGCGUCACCGAUCGCUAUUUUCGGAUUCAGGAGGUGCUGAAGCAUGCGCGGCACUUUCGCGGGAGGAAGAACCGCUGCUAUCGACUGGCCGUCAGGGCCGUCACCAGGGCCUUCGUAAAGUGCACCCGGGCCCGCAAGCUGAAGAAACGGAACCUGAGAACCCUUUGGAUUAAUCGCAUCACAGCUGCCUCCCAGGAACACGGUCUGAAGUACUCGGUGUUUAUUAACAAUUUAAUCAAGUGCCAAGUGGAGCUCAACAGGAAAGUUCUCGCAGACCUGGCCAUCUAUGAACCAAAGACGUUUAAAUCUUUGGCUGCUUUGGCUCAAAGGAGGCGACAAGAAGGAUUUGCAGCUGCCUUGGGGGAUGGGAAGGAGCCUGAAGGCAUAUUUUCCAGAGUGGUGCAGUACCACUGAGGAUUGCGAUGCUGUGGAUCAGAAAAAUGCUGCUUCCUCAUGAUCGCAGUAAUCAAGAUAGGAACAAUGUACUAUCUACUCAACAGCUCAUAAACCUGGGUUGGGACUUUAUGCACAUUUCCAUGCCAAGCCUGAGAGAAAAGGCCUUGCCUUCUCCCAGUGGAACUGGGUCUCAUAACUGUCUUACAUAGAUUGUGCAUAUAAAGCCUUCACAGCGUUUUGAA